AUGUCUGAGACUUCCUCUAUCAACGUUCUGACCUUGAAUUGCUGGGGACUGAAAUAUAUCGCCAAACACCGGAGCGAACGUUUAUCCGAAAUAGGCAAUCGCCUUGCUACCUUUUCUCCUCAACUUGAUAUCGUUGGCCUGCAGGAAUGCUGGACAUUUGCCGACUACCAAUCCAUCCGAGACAGCACUCGUUCUUUCCUUCCGUACGGCAAAUUCUACCAUUCCGGCAUCUUCGGUGGUGGUUUGGCCAUCCUCAGUCGAUGGCCGAUCAUAGAAUCUUCUAUGUAUCGUUAUGCUCUCAAUGGCCGACCGCAGGCCUUUUUCCGCGGCGACUGGUUUGUCGGGAAGGGCGUCGCAUGUGCCAGGAUUUCACUGCCCGAUGGCGUCAGUAUUGAAGUUUUCAAUACACAUUUGCAUGCCCCGUAUGAAAGGGAACCGAACGACAGCUACAUUUGCCAUCGUACAGCACAAGCAUGGGAAAUUGCUAAACUCAUGCGGGCAGCUUCCGAUAGAGGCAGCCUAGUCAUUGGCCUGGGCGAUUUCAACAUGGUCCCACUCAGCUUUGCACAUGUCCUGGUGGAAAGCCGAGCUGGCGUUCAGGACGUCUGGCGAGUAAUGAAACCUGGAAGCAGCAUCGGUGCCAGCGUGGAUCCGCCUGAAAAGGAGCGGAGAAAACGGAUGGGUGAAGAAGAGACUCCGAACGUCGAGACAAGUCUUGGGGAGCAUGGCCACACGUGCGACUCUAUCUUGAACACUUGGCGGUGGAACAAGGCCCAUCAGAAGCAGCUGGCGCAAGGCCAGGACCGGAAAGUCUCAAGCACGGAUUUGGAUCCAAAAGCAAAGCGACUGGACUACAUCUUCUUUAGCGGUAUUAGCAAGGGUUGGAGAGUUGCCGAUGUGAAAGUUGCGCUGACUGGAAGACACUCGACUCUCCUCUGUUCGUUGAGCGACCAUUUUGCUGUGCAUGCGACGUUAGAGAGGAGCCAAAGUCAACCACCUACUCCUGCUGGAAUUGAAGCCCAUGCAGCCUUGCACAGCUCGAGCGCAGAAGACCCUAGUCUUCAGACGGCGGAUUUUGAGGAAAAGGAUUUCGUCAAAGCAAUAUCCGACAUACCCACGCACAGCCAGAUCGGCCAGGACUUCUACAGAGACAUUCUCGCCAUGAUCCACAAAUACACAUUGCGGGAGAGGAAACAGCGACGUAAUGGUCUUCUGCAUUUCGUUGGCUCCGCGUUGGUGUCAAUUGGCUGCUUCAUCGCCAUCUGGUGGUCACCCCGGAACUUUGUGUCCUUCAUUUUGAUUUUGCUAAGCAGCUUGGGCCUGAUGGCUGGCACACUACAUGGAUUAAUCGGGGGGCUCUUUGUGGGGUCCGAACUGAGAGCCCUCGCCGAGUUCGAGUGGGAAGUUCGAAAUGCGCUAUGCCUUGCAGGCGGUCCGGCCUUGGAUGAUCGAUCAUUCAAGUUGAAAGACUGGUACGACUGA